AUGAGAAUCUUCUACUGUUUGGUAUUGUUGUCGUUUUCCCUUAUAAAUGUCUCGGGGAUGAGUAUGUCCUAUGAACGAUAUCACGAUUAUUUGGGAUUCUACACAUGCAACAGACAAAUCAAAAAAUCAAUUACGUUUUGUGGAAAACUGUCGAAUUAUACUUGUUUAUGUUCAAAUUCCAAUUCAUUGGCCACUUAUGCAGGCUGUUUGAGUCACAAUCAUAGGAACUCAACUAAACAGAAACAAAAAUUAGUAUCGUUUUGUGCUCAUUACGGGGGAGUUGAAGUGGAUUCCAACUGGUACGAUAAUGCUAUUGCCAAUUAUAUGGCCAAUGGUAAAUAUGCGAGUGAAAUUGAGAAUUUCAAUAAAUCUGUCCCUCUCAAGGUUCCAUUCAAAUUCACCAAUAAAGAAUUGGAUCUUUAUGCUGCUGCAUAUGUGCAAUAUUUAAGUAAUUAUGACAAUGCGGUCUACUAUGGUGCGUCUUUACUAGGAUAUUGGCUCUUAAUUAUGUGUGCCAGCAGUAUAUUUUAUUGGAGUAAAUUCUUGUUUCCGCAAUUGACAAAACGAUUAACAUGCACGCCAAUCAAUAUUUGGAGAAAAUACAUCUCUGUACCAGCAACAUUCACAAAGAAAAAGUGUCAACAACAGAGUUGUUUCAAGUUUUUCGAUUUUUUGAUCCCCACCAGGUUUGAAAGUAUUGCCAUUGCUGGCUUUUAUGUUUUGGUCAUCAUAGUCCAUCUGAUCAAUAUGGAAUUCAUCAAGGGAGACCCGUUUCUUUUAAACAAAUACAGCGCACAAAUGAGAUAUGUUGCUGAUAGAACUGGGAUUGUAGCCACAGUUAUGAUGCCAUUGAUUUUCCUUUUUGCUGGUAGAAAUAAUUUCUUGCAAUGGAUAACUGGAUGGAACUAUAACACCUUUAUGACGUAUCAUCGCCAUAUUGCCAGAGUUAUGUUCAUGUUGAUCGUAAUACAUGCAGUAUGCUACACUAUCACAUUGAAACCGACUUAUACCCUGGAAAUGAAAGAACCUUACUUGAUCUGGGGUGUUAUUGCAACUGUCUGUGGAGGCAUCAUAUUGUUUCAGGCACUACUUUAUUUUAGAAGAAAUUGGUAUGAAGCCUUUUUGUUGAUUCAUAUUGUUAUGGCGGCAUUGUUUGUGGCUGGAACUUGGAUUCAUGUUGUUGAUUUCGGUUAUGUCUGGUUUGUUUACCCUACGGUGGCCGUGUGGUGUUUUGAUAGACUUAUAAGAAUUAUCAGAUUGAUUUAUUUUGGGUUUCCAGUCGCCGAGGUCAAAUUGCUAACUGAUGACCAUAGCGAAGAUGUUGCUUUAAGAGUAACUAUCCCCAAACCCAAGUAUUGGAAGUCUAUUCCUGGUGGUCAUGUGUUUAUUCAUUUUUUAAAACCUGCAUACUUCUGGCAGAGCCAUCCUUUUACUUUUGUUGAUUCUACAGUGAAUGAUGGUUACAUAGUUUGUUACUGCAAGAUUAAAGCAGGUAUAACACGUGCUUUGUAUCAAGCAUUGAAGAAUGCUCCCGAUAGAUGUAUGUCUAUUAGGGUUGGUGUGGAGGGCCCCUAUGGAGAACCCACUCCAGCUCGUUAUGCCGAUACCUGUGUUUUUAUUGCCGGUGGAAAUGGAAUUCCAGGGAUAUACUCUGAAAUUGUGGAUAUUGCAAAUAAACAAAAGCUGUCAAAAGAAGAAGGGUGUACACAGAGAUUAAAACUAAUUUGGGUUAUCAGAAAGUAUAAUAUGUUGCUGUGGUUUCACAAUGAGCUUGCAAAUCUUAAAAAUACAAAUCUUGAAGUGGUAAUUUACGUUACACAGUCUACACAAAGGGAUUCAGCAGACCAUGAUAAUGACAAGUUCACAAAAAGUUCUGACAGCUUAUCAAAAAGUGCAAAUGACACUGAUUCAAGUCUUUCAACUUUGUCGCAUGUGAAAUUUCCAGAUGGUAGACCUUGUCUUGUGGAUAUUAUAAAACAAGAAAUAACUGAGUCAAAUGGAUCUGUUGCUUUUGUUUCAUGCGGACAUCCAGCUAUGGUGGAUGAGAUACGUUAUCAGAUUCUGCAAAACAUUAACAAUGUUGAGAACAAAAGGGUGGACUUUUAUGAGCAACUACAGAUAUGGGCUUAG